AGAAACCUAACCCUUGGUUUCCAACAACAAAAGUUGAGAGAAAAUGUUAACAAUUUAAUUUCUAAUUGUUGUGUUUAAUUAGUUAAUUUGGUGAUUUUUUUAUUCUUUCUGAUGAUUAGUUAACUGGUCUUUUACCAAUAAUCAAUCAAUUCAGUUAAAAUGAACUCGAUCUUUGGUAAAAUUUGUUUCUUUCUUUUUUUCCCUCUAGGUUAUUAUGCACAAUCUUCUAGGUUUGAUGUGACACCACCUAAAGAAUUAAUUUGGUGUACAAUAAGUGUCGCCGAACAAAAGAAAUGCUUGGAUUGGUCUGAAGCUAUCAAACGUUAUCCUAAUAAUGUACCUGUUGGUUCAGAGGAACCAUUUGGUUACCAAUUGAAAUGUGAACAAACCUCUGACCGAGAGACUUGUAUGAAUCAUAUUGAGAAAGGAAGAGCUCAUUUGGUUACCUUGGAUCCUGGUGAAGUUUUCAUUGCUGGUCGAUAUCAUUCACUUGUCCCAAUCAUGGCUGAAAGAUAUGAUUCAACAUUAGAUGAUGGCUAUUACUCUGUUGCUGUGGUCAAGAAAAGUUCAUCCAUUCAAAUUCAAACGAUAACUGAUUUGAAAGGUAAAAAAGCUUGUUUCCCUGGAGUAAAUCAAAUGGCUGGUUGGGUUUUACCUUUGGCUCGAUUGAUAAAUGAUGGAAUCAUUGAGUUUAAAGAUUGUAAUAAUAUCGUUAAAACAGCGGCCACUUUUUUCAAUUCUUCGUGUGCACCAAAUGCUUUAAAUGAUAAAAACAAUCCCAGUGGUGAUAAUCCUCAAUCGAUUUGUGCUCUUUGUCAUACUAAAUGUUCUGGAUCCGAUGAAUAUGCUAAUUACGAGGGAGCUUUUAAAUGUCUCAUUGACAAUGGAGAUGUUGCUUUUCUUAAACAUUCAACUGCUCGAUUAAUGGCCUUACGUGAUCGUUAUAGUUACCGUAGAGAUGAUCUGGAACUUUUAUGUCCACAAGGAGGUCGAAGAGGAUUAAGUAACUAUCGAGAAUGUAAUUGGGGUCGAUCACCUGCUCAUGCAGUUGUUGUUUUCUCUUCCAUGUUACCUGAGGAGAGGAAAAAAGUUCAGCAAUUCCUCAUGAAAUCAGCUAAAAUUUUCAACGUAGGCAAUGAUUAUGGAACAGUUAACAAUCAGAACUUUGCAAAUGAUAAUAGAAAAGCAUCUCAAUCAUUUAAUCUUGCCGAUGAACGGAGUCCACAAAAAUAUGGUGACAGUGCAAAUCUAUUAUUCUCUGAUGAACUUACUGGAUUCGAGCCACUUUCAGGUCCCGAUCAAACUUUUCGUAAUUAUUUAAAAAAGGACAAUUAUGAGUUACUUUCUAAAAGAUUAAAGAAAUGUCCAGUUCCAACUGCUCGACUUUGUGUAAUAUCUUCCGUUGAGAUGAAGAAAUGUCAAGAGAUGGCAACAACAUUUCGAGCGGCAUUUUUACAGCCCAUGUUAAGCUGUGUCUCUGAGAGAAGUGUAAUCGGCUGUAUGGAAGCUAUUAGACGAGGUCGAGCCGAUUUGGUAAUGUUAGAUGCCGCUGAUGUUUACCGAGCAGGCCACCAAUACGGACUGGUGCCCAUUUUAGCGGAAAAAUAUGACCUCACUGAAUCGGGUUAUUAUGUUGUCGCUGUGGCUAAAACCUCCGACCCAGAGUCUGAUUUAUUUUUCCUCAAGGGUAAAUCAUCAUGUCACACGGGUGUUGGAACCGCUGCCGGUUGGGUUGUACCUUUGGGUUUCCUCCUCUCCAACAAUCGGAUGAGAUCCUAUGGGUGUGAUUCACUUACCGCUGCGGCUCAAUUUUUCCAAAAAUCUUGUGCACCAGGAGCACUUUCACCCGAUUAUACAACCACCGAUUGGGGAUUAAAUAAUCUAUGUGACCUUUGUUCGGGUACCUCUAAAUCGUAUUGUGCCCGUGAUGCCAAUGAACCUUUUUACGGUUCAACGGGAGCUCUUCGAUGUCUCAUUGCGGGAGGUGGAAAUGUGGCCUUUGUCAAACACACGGCGAUCUUUGAAAACACCGCUGGUCGUAAUCCAGAAUUCUGGUCUCGUAAUUUAAUCCCCGGAGAUUAUGAACUUUUAUGUCGAGAUGGAUCUCGAGCAAGUUAUAACGCCUCAGCCUCAUGUAAUUUGGGCAAAGUUGCGGGUAACGCGAUGGUCACCAGUCCAUUAAAACCUGAGCAACACAUCGCUGCCUAUGUAAACCUUUUCUUAACCGCUCAGCAAUACUAUGGAUCAAAAUAUUCCCAAGAUUAUACAUUUAAAAUGUUUGUCUCUGAGAAAAAUUAUCAUGAUUUAAUCUUUUCCGAUGCGACCUCACAAUUAGUGGCCUUACCUGUUAACCAACGUACCCACACCUCUUACCUCAGCCCGGAAUUCAUUAAUUUAAUGAAAUUAACCGAUUGUACAUCACAAUCAACCCAAUCCUGUUUGCCAUGUUCAUCUUUACAAUUAAUCAUUGCCUUAAUUUGUUCAAUCAACUGGACACGAAACUUUUUCUCACUUUAAUCAUAAUUAUUACAAAUCAAAUUUUUCUUUUUUAAUUUAAUAUAAAACAACUAAAUUCACUUUCUCUCUCUCUCUCGCUCACACUCACAUAUACACAAAUACACACACAUUUGAAUCUCAUCAUCAUGAUCAAAAUCAAUUCUCACUGUGACAAAUUGCAAAUUCCAAAAUUAAAAUAAUAAAGAAAAAUAAAAAAUCUCAAUCAUCAA